AUGGAGAGGGGAGAGAGCGGGGGAGAGUCUUUGAGGGUGGCACAUAGCGAGGCAGCCGGCCAUGCCGGCGAGAGCAAUAAUGGGGAGAGUGGAGGUGGGCAUGCAUCAGGUGAAAAGGAGGGAAUUAAAGAAGACAAUAACAAGAUUCAAGGUCAGCGGAUAUCGUUCAGAGAUAAAGUUGUGGGUGCUUCAAUAAGGAGAGCUUUGGAGGUUGCUGAUUCUCUUGAUGGGGAUAAGAUGGCUACAGUAGUUGAAGCAAAGGAGAUAUUGGCAGAGCCCUACAAAGAUGCCAUCGUGAUCAAAGUUCUUGGAAAAAAAUUUAGCUAUACGGCGAUCACGCACAGGCUUAAAGGAGUCUGGAGAACCAAAAAAGGAUAUGAGGUACUAGAUGUCAGUUUUGGCUAUUUCUUAGUCAAAUUUGAUCUCUUGGAGGAUAGAGAAAAAGUUCUCCUUAGAGGACCGUGGAUGAUUACUGGUAGUUAUGUUGCAGUUAAACCUUGGAGUUCUUCAUUCAGACCUUGUGAAAAUAAUUUUGGGUCUACCAUGGUUUGGAUAAGAAUAACAGGUUUAAACAUUAACUAUUAUCAAGAGAGAGCCAUGAAAAUGAUUGCGUCAGCUGUUGGUAAACCGAUCCGCAUCGACCUAGCCACCAAGUCUGCGGAGAGGGGAAAGUAUGCAAGAGCAUGUGUGCAAAUUAACUUAGGACUUCUGAAUUUAAUUUGUGAAAAAUGUAGCUGCUUUGGGCAUGUAAUAAGAGAAUAUGCAAAAGAGAACAACAAUGGCAUUGGGAAGGAAACCAUGGUGAAGGAGAAAAAUUUGCCGUCACUGUUUUCGGUGGAUAACAACGAGAAAACGGUAGAAGGUAGUCAAAUUCCAGUAAAAAAUCAAAAUUCAACUUUUGAAUUUGGAAUUAAUGCCAAAUCAAUUCCAAUUAUGGAGAAGCAUGGAGCAGCGGAUCUUGUGCAUGAUAAUUUACAAGAAUCACGCAUGGAUAAUGAUACUCAAGCAAAAGAGGGUGAAUGGGUUACAGUUAGUAGAAAAUGCAAGAAAAAAGUGGAUAAAGGCCCUAAUGUGGUGCCAAAAAAAGCCAAUGUAGCAAUAUGCUCCAAUUUGGUGAGUAAGAAAUUUUCUUUUGGGUCUAAUAAAAUGCAUGCUGGAUCCUCAUCAAAUGCAAAGGUGAAGUCUUUAUCAAAUGCAAAGGUGGAGCCUAAGGAAAAGAAAGAUCCUCCAUCCACGCUUGGCUCUUUGGGAACAACUCAGGUGGCUUUCAAGGAUCAGAGUACUCCUUUUUUUAAAGUAGGGCACAAAAGACAGCGUCUUAUUUCGCUUCAAAACUCACCUACUGAAGCAUUGUCAACAGAUUCUCGAGUACAAAAAGAGCUUGAUAAAGCUAGUGCAACAACAAACUUGGAGAACCAACCUCAACAAAAGAAUGAUGGUUCUGCGACGCAAGUCCACCAGAAGACAAUUGGAGACAGGGGUCCAUCAACGUGA